UCCCCAUGAAUCGCUUUUAAUCACUCAUCAAAUGGAGUGGAUUUGUUGUUAGUAGGGAGGGUCCAUGCAUGAAAGUGAUUUCUUUAUUUGCCAAAAUGUGUAUCAAAAUUAAAACGAAACACUCUUGUUUUGAAACAUGACGAAAACGUCACUUCCGUAUACAAGUAAAGCGCGUUCCUUAGGGCCAAAUUAACAUGGUUGGUCGAGUCAUGUACUUUAGUUUAUCGUGUUGAAGUAGUCUUUUUUUCUUUCUUUCUUGCACGUCGUUUCUAGUGCGCUUGAAGACAGUGUCUAAUGGAGGACUUUGCAGCGCGAACCACUGCCAUUUUGGAGGAUAUGGCGAACAACGCUGUGAUAGAAAUGUCCAAAGUUGUCCUUUCCACGGACAAGACGGACGAAUAUUUUUGGAGUGACAAUGACAUCGUUCAAGUUUCAUAUCAAGAUAAGGUGAUCCAUCUUGCCAACACUUUCAUGACAUUGCUGGCUCAAGAAGCAGUUGACAACAUCUGCCAACUUUUCCAAGAAUGUUCUGCAAUGCUGCGCUUGCAAGUGACACAGGGUGAGGCGCAGCUGAAGGACCUGAGCAUGAAGCUAGAGGAGGCGGAGACGUCGCUGAGUGCGGUGUUACAAAAUGCAUGCGCCGUGGUAGUGGAAGAGCAGUUGCAUGACCUGGUUGUUGUCGGAGCAGUGGACACAAUGGAAGGAGAGACGCAGAGCUCAGCUGUGUCCGUUGAAAUUGAAAGCCCAUCCAUCGAGGACCUGACUUUCGAGGACCAUGCGAUUGCAGCACUAACACAGGACACCAUUGUUGACCAGACGUCGUGUUACAUCAUCCAGCAGGAAAAUAAUGCAGACAUGGACAACCACAAUGAUCUUUACUAUCAGUCGGAAGAAGAUGCCCUCAACACCAGCCACAAUGGCCAAGCCAAAAGCAGAGUUGGAGCUGUCAAGCAGCAAAGAGCACAGCAGGCAGCGCGUCACCUGCCCAAGAACUUUGUGUGCUCACUGUGUGGAUGCGGCUUCCCCCUCAAACGCAGCCUCAACGUGCACAUGCGAAAGCACAUUGGGCAGCACACAGCGAAGUAUUCUCACACAUGCGACAAGUGUGGUAAGGGCUUCACACUCAAGCAGAUCCUACUGAACCACCAACGAAUGCAUAAUGAGGAGCGACCCUUCAAGUGCACACAGUGCUCCAAGAGUUUCUACCGAGCAAACGGCCUGAGGAUGCACAAACGCUUGCAUGCCCCCCGCCGCAAAGGCGAGUACCACUGCCAAGUCUGCAACAAGAUCUUCAGUUUCCAUUGCAAUCUGCAACGCCACCUGCGCAUCCACUCGGGUGAGAAGCCUUUCUGCUGCGAAAUGUGCGGGAAGAGCUUCAACCAGGCCAACACGCUCAAAAACCACCAGAGGACCCACACGGGGGAGCGGCCAUUCAAAUGCGACACGUGCGGGAAGACAUUCAACCAAAAGGGAACCCUGAAGGCGCACGCCAACGCCGCCUCCGUGGCGUGCGUGGCCUGUGGUGUGGUGGUGGCUUGUAAGGAUGGGAUGCACAACCACCUGCAAGCGCACGUUGCGCCGUGCAUCUGCACCCUGUGCGGUGAUCUACUGGCCUCUGUGACGGACUUGUGUUCGCACCAGCGGCACCACAACAUGGCCAGUCGUGCACAUGCCUGCCCCAUCUGCAAUAAGAGAUUCAAGUCAGGCACGUACUUGAAGACGCACAUCAAGUUGCACAGCGGAGUCAAGCCCUUCUCUUGUGACAUCUGCCACCGCAGUUUCACUCUGCAAAGCAGCCUCAAGUUGCACCUGGAUGUGCACAAUGAGGACAAACAGUUCUGCUGCGACGUAUGCGGCAAGUUUUUCAGCAGCUUGAACAUGCUGAUCCGCCACCAGCGCAUUCACACAGUUGAGAAGAGAGAGUACACAGGCGAGAAGCAAUACGUCUGCAACGUGUGUGGCAAAAGCUUUAACCACAAUCCCAACCUGAUCCGUCACCGCCGCAUCCACACAGGAGAGAAGCCGUACAUCUGCAGCGUGUGCGGCCGCAGCUUCAACCAGAGUAACAGCCUUAAAGCCCACCAGCAUGUCCACACUGGCCUCAAGAGGUUCAUGUGUGAGAGCUGUGGCAAAAGCUACAGUGAUAAGAGGGGUUUCAAGAAACACAAGUGUCCCUAAUGCUGACGACUCCCUGAAUGGUUAAACUUGAACUCGCUGGGCGAAUUGCUGCUUGCACAUAAGGAAAAUACGUUUUGGUCAAUUUAUGAAACUUAAAUAUUGCUCAGGCUUUGCGAUGCUUCCUGGCAAUACUGGAUAGGUUCAGACGUAAUUCUGAUAAUUGAAUGUAUCAGCAUGGGCCAAAAAUAUUACAGUAUCUUCAUUUCCUGGUCAUUAUAAAGAACGGAUGGAUCAGAUGGAAGUAAUGCGCUGAAUGGCAAUGCGGAUGUGUACAGCAAUGUUCCUCAACUUUUAUUGAGUCCACAAAUAUACAGCAUUUUACAUUAGAAACAUCAUCUCAUGGCAGAUCACCAAAUUAAAAAAACAACAAUGUACACUGAAUAAUUAACGACCUUGUCUCAAUUCACUCAGUAGUCCCUCUAUUGUCGUGGGGGUUGUCCAGCCUGACCCCACAACAGGUAAAAAAAAAGAAACAUGGUGUCAUUACUCUCAUUCUAUAUUCUUCGUUCAUAUGCAUUUAUGGCAGGUCUGCCCGACUGAAUUAUGAGCACAGUAUAUACUACUGGCCAGCUAUUUUCUGAAUACGGCAUUUGCUGUACAGUGAAGGUGUCCGUGGAAGCCACUGACCGGCUAUGUUGCAGCAAAUGUUCUUUUGCUUACUGUACAUAUUUUGUUACUGUUGGUUUAAUAAAGCAAUUUAAAAAAAACACUAGCG